GACCUUCCUGUUUAGUCUGAGUUGCUAACGUGCAACGUGCGGCGUUUUGCCUCUCACACGCCGCCUUAUUAUCUAUCCCCAACGGCUGCAUAGUUUGAAGAGAGACGGAGUGAGGGGGAGGGACAGUGAGAGGGGGGAAUGGCUUCCCUUGGCCGGGCAUUUCGUUUGCCUCUUCCACUCUGUAAAACCGUGAUGCACCGUUCGUUUCCACUCCACCGUGCUGUCUUUAAGGCCGAUCUCUCUGCGCCUCAUCGUUUCCGCCUCUUUCAUUCGCUGGACCACGGGUUCGACGCUUCUCAGCAUCAUGAACAGGAGAGUUUGGCAAUUCUGGGAAUUGAAACAAGCUGCGAUGACACCGCUGCUGCUGUUGUUACUGGCGAUGGCAAGAUUCUAAGCCAAGUGGUGUCGUCUCAGGCAGACCUACUUGCACGGUAUGGAGGUGUUGCACCAAAAAUGGCAGAAGAAGCACACAAGCAAGUUAUUGAUGAGGUUAUUCAGCAGGCACUUGGUGGUGCAAAUUUGACAGAAAGAGACCUAUCUGCCAUCGCUGUUACAAUCGGUCCUGGUCUAAGCCUCUGCCUACGAGUUGGUGUACAGAAAGCUAGGCAGAUAGCUGGAAAGUUCAGCUUGCCAAUUGUUGGUGUACAUCACAUGGAAGCUCAUGCAUUGAUUGCUAGGUUGUGUGAACCAGAAUUGCAAUUUCCGUUCCUCACCCUUCUAAUUUCAGGAGGGCACAAUCUCCUUAUUCUUGCUUGUAGUCUUGGCCAAUAUAUACAACUUGGAACAACAGUAGAUGAUGCAAUUGGUGAGGCCUUUGAUAAAGCUGCUCGGUGGCUUGGUCUCGAUUUGAGAAGGGGUGGUGGCCCUGCUCUAGAGCAGCUUGCAGAAGAAGGUGACCCACAUUCCUUUGACUUCUCGGUACCAAUGAAACAGCACCAGGAUUGCAAUUUCUCAUAUGCAGGUUUGAAGACACAAGUAAGAUUGGCAAUUGAAUCCAGCAACAUAAAGGCUGAUGUCCCAGUUCAUUUGACAAAUGCUGAAGACAGAAGAUUACGUGCAAAUAUUGCAGCUUCUUUCCAGAGGGUUGCGGUUCUACAUUUAGAGCAAAGAUGUGAACGGGCAAUUGGAUGGGCUUCGAACAUUGAACCUUCAAUAAAAUGCAUGGUAGUUUCUGGUGGUGUUGCAUCCAACCGUUAUGUCAGAUCACGUCUUGAUGAUAUUGUAAAGCAGAACGGUCAUAGACUUAUUUGCCCUCCUCCAAGCCUCUGCACCGACAAUGGUGUAAUGGUUGCUUGGGCUGGGAUUGAGCACUUCCGUAUGGGAAGAUUCAACCCGCCGCCACCUACAAAUGAGCCUGAAGAUGCAAUUUUGGACAUACGACCAAGGUGGCCACUGGGCGAGGAAUAUGAAAAUGGAAGAAGCACAGCUCGUUCAAUGAAAAGAGUGAGAAUGCAUCCAUCUCUCACAUCCAUCAUCAACUCCUCUAUACGGCUGGAAUCAUAAAAGACUGAACUGACUUGAUCACAGUCGCCUGUUGGCCUCGCAAAAUCAGUUUAUUUGGAGCCCACGCUGCUUGUGCUGUUCGGCCUUUUUUAUCAUUUUUAGAAUAUCUCAUGUAACUUGGUGAAGACUCUAUGGGUAACACUGCAACUAUAAACAAACUAAAGUCCUUGUACGGGAAAGAGGCCUUCCAAUUUGGUCAAGUAUUGGAUGGGUAUGGUGCGGUGCAGCUGAUGCAGACAGAGUAUCUGCCGGUUUCAUGUGUAAAUCUACAUAUAAAAAAAAAAUACUAUUUAUUAUUUCUCAGAAUUGUCUAUCCGUUAUGCAGGUUCUGUUGUAGACUGAACGA